AUCACAAGUGAUGGGACGCCAUAAGCGAUAGUUGUACCCAGAGGACAUCUUGGAGAAGCUUAGACGAUCAAUCCUUCAGCCACAGCAAAGCCAUGGAACCUUCAAAAGUGUCAAUGUUGGCUCUUUUCCUACUUGUAGUCUUUGGAACAACUGCAGCCAAAGUUGAAGAGGAGAACCCAGAGUUCUGGAGAUCACAGGCAAAGAAGACGUUGCAAACAGCUUUAAACAGAAAGCACAACACCAACGUGGCCAAAAACAUUCUGUUUUUCCUCGGAGACGGUAUGGGAAUCACAACCUACACAGCAGCUCGUAUCCUCAAGGGACAACUGCAGAACCAUACAGGAGAGGAGACUGUGAUGACCAUGGACACCUUCCCCUACGUGGGCUUGGCUAAGACCUACAGUGUGGACUUCCAGAUUCCAGAUAGUGCUGCCACGGCCACUGCUUAUCUGUGUGGGGUGAAAACCAACCUGAACACCAUCGGCGUCAGUGCAGCAGCUCGAAAUGGCGUUUGUAAGAGUCAGAAGGGCAAUGAAGUCACCUCCAUCUUGAAGUGGGCCAAAGAUGCGGGCAAGUCUGUCGGCAUUGUGACAACCACACGGGUCCAGCAUGCUACACCAGCCACCAGCUACGCCCACAGUGCCAGCCGGAAGUGGUACAGCGACGCCGACAUGCCUGCCGCUGCCAAGAGGGACGGAUGCACUGACAUUGCAUCUCAACUGCUCAAUAACACAGAUAUAGAUGUGAUCAUUGGUGGCGGGAGAAAGUACAUGACCCCCAGGGGCACCAAGGACCCGGAAUACCCCAAGGACUACUCAUCCAGAGGUAAAAGACAAGACAAACGCAACCUCAUCAGUGAAUGGCUGAACAAGAAGACGGGCAAGGUAGCCCAUUACGUAUGGAAUAAAACAGAUUUUGAUGCUGUUAACCCAGAAACCACAGAUUACCUCAUGGCUCUGUUUGAACCUGGUGAUCUGCGAUACGAAGCUCAGAGGGACCCCAGCAUGGACCCAUCCAUCAUCGAGACCACGGAAAAAGCAGUUCGCAUCCUUAGGAAAAACCCGCAAGGCUUCUUUCUUUUAGUGGAAGGGGGCCGCAUUGACCAGGCCCACCACGACGGCCGAGCGUACAUGGCGCUUCACGAAACGGUCGCGUUCGACAACGCCAUUGCCAAGGGCCUGGAACUCACCAACGAGGAGGAAACGCUCACAAUAGUGAUGGCCGACCAUUCACAUCCAAUUACCUUCAAUGGAUACCCAUUUCGAGGGCAAAGUAUUCUGGGGAAGUCUCCAUUGUGGGCCAAAGAUAUGUUGCCGUACACCACACUGAUGUAUGGAAAUGGGCCUGGACACAAAAUCAUCAAUGGCACACGGCCCGACAUUCGCAAUGUUGACACAAAAACUGAAGAAUACGUGCAGCUGUCAGCAGUGCCAACAGCCUCAGCCACUCACAGUGGAGAGGACGUGGCCGUGCUGGCCCGUGGACCCAUGGCUCACCUCUUCCAUGGCAUCCAAGAGCAAAAUUACAUUGCUCACGCCAUGGCCUAUGCCGCCUGUGUGGGGGAAGACCUGAGGCACUGUCGAGGGCAAACCACUCCAGUUUUCGAUCACACCACCUUCGAUAAUAACAGUGCUGGUGAAGCACAAAGCUCAGCCGCAUUGAUCAGUUGCCUCCUGAGUGGAGCACUGCUGGCCCUUCAUGUGCUGAUGUAACAAAGAUGUCGCUCCAAGUACCACAUUUAAAGGGAAUGGUCAUGGAGGUGGAGUGGGCAUUGAACUAAUGAACACUUGUAAUGUGUCUUGGACUGACUUUGCCAUACUGAAUAUAAUAUAUAUAUAACAUACUGGCAAUCAUGUAUUUGUUGAAAAAAUGUUUUGGGUUUUUUUUCCACCCAGACCAUUACCACUUUUUAAAAUGUAGAAUAUGUACUCCUCUGUAUGGAGACUCACUUUCUUUAAUAUCAAUCAAGUCAAAGGGAGGGUUCUUUGUUUUUCAAUGACAAUUAAAAAGUGCAUUAUUUUUGCCACUAGUA